AUGAUGGAACCAAUAAAAACGGCUACAAUGCAUGUGAACGAACCUAAAGCCCUUUGUUCGCCUCUAUCGUGCUCUGGACGUGGAAACGACGAGAUAAGUAAAAAAUUAGAGGAAGAACUGUUGUAUGAUGCUGGUGAAGAUGGAGAUGAGGAUGAUGCACUUUCCGAUGAUAGUUUGCGUUUGAGGCUGUCUGAUGAUGAAGCCGACGCUGACGAUAGUGAAAGAACAUCUAGUACUUCUAGUAAUCAGCUCAAAUAUUUAAAGACUGAAUCAACGGACUCGGGAUCAGAUGUUGAUGCUCCGGAUGGUGAUAUCUUAAUACAUCACCAAUUUAUCCGAGAAAUUUAUUAUAAUAAUUAUUUUCAUUACUAUUAUAAUAAAGCUUACAUAGUAGUUGAUGAUUUUGCAGAUGAUUAUGACUUAACGGAGCAUAAAAUGAGUGAUGACAGUAAAGUGCAAGCCAUGUUUAACAUAUACAUGGAUCAAACACCCACCGCUUUCAAAAAUUCAUUUCCAAAUAAUAAUAAAUUAAACCCAUAUUACAUUAAUAAAAUUAACUAUAGUGAUAAUUUUGGUAGUUCAUUACACUCUGAUUCGUGUGCUCACAAAGAAUAUUAUUAUAAUAAUAGUUCCUAUUAUGGAAGACGUAGAAAAAUUGAGUGUGGACAUUAUUAUUCGUCGUUUAAGUCAGCAUCGCCGUUUUCGGUUUAUGAUAAGAAAUAUAACUUUAAACUAGGGUUUAAUUCCCAAAAAAAUGUUUCAGUUACUGCAAAUUCUUCAAGUGUUGAUGGUCGUUUGAAUGGAAUGAAUGACACUCGUAACAAUUUGGAUAACCAAGAAGAAAAAUUAAAACCGUUAAGUGAUAGUCGCACUUGUGUCAACAAAACGGAAAAGUCAGAUGUUAAACAAGAGGGAGCUGUUGUAGAAGAAACUAAAGUUAAUGACCAAGCAGAACACGAGGUGGAAAAUAACUCUGACCUUAAAAUUGAAGAAGAUCAAUCCUCUUUGGAAAAGGUAAAAGACAGUAAAUUGGAUGAUUCAUUAUCUGUUAAUGGUGAAAGUGAAGUGAAUAAAAAUAAAACGACUAAUGAGAAUCAUGAAAAAGAUUUAAUUGUGAGUGUUGAUGAGCAGGAUAGUGAAAUACAUGACGAUAGUAUUACGUCAACAUCAGCAUUGUCAUCUACAUUAACAUCGAAAAUCUCAUCGUCAGCUAAGGAUUCGAGUGCUGUUGAAGAAAGUAGUAGUCCUCCUGACGAUUGUGAAGACGAUAAUAAUUGUGAUUCAUUAACUUGCGAGGAAGUACUUUUAGAAAUUGAGGACGACAAACUCGACGAAGUCCACGUGGUUGAAGAGCUGGGAGACGAAGAAAUUGAAGAGGAAGACGAUAUUAUUCACAUAGAAUCAGCAAAAAUGGAGACAGCUAAAACAACUUCUAGUGAUCGUCAUUCAGAAAAGAGUAAACCUUCUAAAGCAGCUACCAAUAUUGGCGAUGAUAGUCUUAUUGAGGUUGAUGAAGACAUUGAUAAAAGCAAAAUCAAUGAAUCAAGUGAAACCAGUCAAACUGAUUCGAAUAAAGAUAAAAGUGUUGAAGAUAAGGAUAACAAUAUUAUUGUUGUUAAAUCACUUACUAAACUUACGUCGAAUAGUGAACCGGAUACUACUGAACCUGGAACUAAACGUCGUUUAAUCAGUCCGGAAGAUAGCCUUGAAAGUCCUAACAAAAAAAUUUUCCGUGAUAAUAGCACAAUAUCUUCUAGCUCAUCAUCAUCAUCAUCAUCAUCAUCAUCAUCAACAUCAUCAUCAUCAUCGACCGUCACGAAACAGUCUGAGAAAGAUCAAACUGAUACCGAGGAUAUUGAUAUUGAUGAAAAUAAUGCAAGUGAAGACAUUGUUGAGAUUGACAAUAAUGCUGCAGAAGUUGAUGAUGCUAGUAAAAAUGAUAGCUCUGAAAAAACCCCGAAGAAUGGUGAAGUACUGAGCAAUGUCGAUGACAGUGCAGGCUGUACUACUCAAGAUGUUACCAAUGGUUUAGAAACACAAAAUAACGAUAGUUUGGUAUCAGAAAUGGAUGCCAAUGAACGAUCUAGUACCGAACGUCAAAGUGAUGCCCAUCCAAGAAGAAAACUCAGAAGAAAGAAAAGAAGAAGUCCUUCAUCUGUAAAGAUGGCCGUUCACCAAGGACAAGAAAAAGAAAAUGUUCGUCAAAAACGUGAAACAGCGCAAAAAGCUCAGGAAAUAAUUCGUAAAUAUAAUGAUGAAAGUGAUUCAGAAUCUAGUGAACAAUCAUCGUUGAUUCAAUACAAUAAACCUAUUAGUCAUAAUAAUAAUAAUAAUAAUAAUAAUAAUAAUAAUAAUAAUAAUAAUAAUAAUACACGAUCAACAUCACCACCUGCAUUGAAACGUAAUCAUUAUCUUGAUAAAGACGAGUCGCUUAAUAUUGGUGCUGUAUUAAAAAAACCAAAGAGAGAAGCGGAAGACGACGACAAAAGUGAACUCCGGCAAAUUCUCACAUCGGAAAUCAAACCAAAACCUUUAGAACAUGUUAGGACCUUUUUUUUGCGAGAUUGUAAGCAAAAAUUAUCGAAAUUCACACAGGAAGAGCUGGAAGAGUUGUUGGUUCAAAAAAUUGUGGAGACAAUAACAAUGCGUGAUGAAAUUGGAAAGCUGCGUGAGCAAGCUAAAAUAUCAGAACGUAAUCAAGAAGCAACGCGAUCGAGAUGCCAACAAUUGGCUAAACAUGUUAAGGAUUUUGACAUGGUAAUAAAGCGUUACGAGAGUGAUCGUAAACUAAAUGAAAAAACUGAUAAGCCCAUAGUCCCUAUUAAAAUUAAUAGAUCCGUUGGAUUACAAGUUAAUUUUGUUACGGAUCAAGGAGUGCAAAAUUUGCGACAAUUAGCACUUAGUAAACAGCAAUCAACUCCGGUUAUGAAUGGUGUAACUACAUAUCCCGUCAAACAAAAUGAUGAACCAGCUAACAAUGUUUCUAAUUCCGUCAGUCCAGCUCUAAGAACUAUAAAAGGAAUCAAAGUACGAUCGCCACGUAAAAUUGAAACUCCGGGCAGUUCACCAGUUGUAUCGACAGCAUGCUUAAUGCCGAUUCAAAAUGCGAUUCCAAGUCAACAAGCUCAAGUAGUUAUACCAGCGUCAGCAUUGCCACUGCAACAACAGCAACAGUUCCAACAGCAGCAAAAACAGCAGCAGCAACAACAACAACAACAGCAACAAAAACAAAAACAGCAACAACAACAACAACAACAACAACAACAACAACAACAACAACAACAACAACAACAACAACAACAACAACAACAACAACAACAAACGACUAUUCAAUUAUCACAACCUGUAACAAAUGUUACACCAGCUGCUUUAGUUGUUUCUAAACAAGUUGAUUCUCGACUUCCAUUAACUUCAAACGCACAACUUAUUAAUCAUCAAAUAUUGUCUAAUCAAACUAUUACGUUUAAUGGAGUGGUAACAUCCACACACAAUUCAAUCAACCGGUCGGCGAAGGUUCUAAAUGUAAGGAGCACUAACACCAACAACGAUAACACGUUGAUCGAUCUUACUGGAGAAGAAGAAAAGAAUAAAAAACCACCACCAUUAGCAGCAAUUGCUCCAACACCUAAAGAUCCUUCAGCGACAAUUAUCCAAAAAGGUCCGCCACGUUUCCAGAGGAUAGUUCAAUCAGCUCCAGCUAUGACAAUAGGGCAGCCUACUAAUAUUAAAGUCAUUCAACCUUCCGAACGUCCUACACCAACUGCAUUAGUUAACAAUAUGAACAUGAACUCGUCUAAACAAUUAUUCGUCAUGAAGGGCAACGGUACGGGACAACAAUUACUGAUAACUAAUCAUCAUCAGAUUCGGCCGGCAGUUACAACGAAUGCCAGACAAUCAUUUCCUAGUAUUGCGUAUUCGGCUGUACCAACAUUAGGAAAUGCUUCAACAUUACGAGUUGUAACAACAGCUCCAAAUAGUGUAGUAUCAGCAGCCCUGAAAGCCAAGCAUCCAGCACCACUUCCAGCAACGCCGUCUUAUACAAUAGUUGCGGGAUCGAAACUGCCACCACCUGCUCCAUCAUUAAAAAUAUCCAAAGUUUCUACUGGAAUUGUUUUAUCUUGGAACAUGACAAUAUCAGAUAAAUACGCAGAAAUAGCAAGCUAUCAGCUAUUUGCGUAUCAAGAAGUCGUGGGAACGGCACCUAGUACGUCUAUGUGGAAAAGAGUCGGUGAUGUUCGGGCAUUAGCAUUACCAAUGGCUUGUACAUUGACCCAGUUCUCCGAAGGUAAUAAUUACUAUUUUGCUGUUCGAGCUGUUGAUGUUUUAUCUAGACUUGGGCAGUACAGUCAACCAGGAAGCAUUUCUCUGUAA